AUGUGCAGUUUGGAGAUUCAUUGCAACGAGAAGGACAUGAACACACUCCUAAACUUCAAACAAGGACUAAUAGAUCCUUCAGGUGUUCUCUCCUCAUGGUUCCCAAAGUUAGAUUGUUGUGAAUGGACUGGAGUCAAGUGUGAUGAUAUCACAGCAAGAGUAACAGAACUUUAUCUCCCUUGUUAUACAAAUCAUCCCCAACUUGUUCCUUAUGGAGACAAAGAUGACAAAUCACACUGCUUAUCAGGUGCAUUCUCCCUCACUUUGCUGGAACUUGAAUUUUUGAACUACUUGAAUUUGAGCAACAAUGACUUCAAGUGUAUCAAAUAUAGUUCAAUCGGUAGCCGUAGAUGUGAUGACUUUUCAACGGAUAACCUUCCUUAUCUGUUUGGAAACACUACCAAGCUUCGCUAUCUUGAUUUAUCAUAUAACUAUGAUCUUCUUGUCCGUGAUCUGGAUUGGAUUUCUCCACUGACCUCUUUGCAAUAUCUCAACCUUGGAGGUAUUUAUAUUGACAAAGACAUUGAUUGGCUUCAAUCAGUAACCAUUCUCCCUUCUCUUGAAGAGUUGCACUUGGUGAGUUGUCAACUUGAAAACAUCUAUCCAUUUCUCGAGUACGCUAAUUUUACUUCACUUCAGGUUCUAAAUCUCGCUCACAAUCAUUUUGUAUCUGAAUUUCCUACCUGGUUAUUCAAUUUUAGUAGUGGCAUCUCUCUUAUUGACCUUAGCCAAAAUCAAAUACAUAGCCAACUUCCUAAAACAUUGCCAUGUUUUAGAAGUCUGAAGUCAUUGAUUUUGUCUCGUAAUUAUCUCAAAGGAACCAUUCCAGAUUGGUUUGGACAACUUGAACAACUACAAGAACUUGAUCUUUCUCAUAAUUUUUUAUCUGGUUCAAUUUCCACAAGUUUGGGAAAUCUAUCAUCCUUGACAAUUUUGAUACUUGAAUCAAAUGAGUUCAAUGGAAGUCUUCCAGAUGAUCUUGGGAAACUCUUCAACUUGGAGACCCUUCGAGUUGCAACAAAUUCCUUAACUGGAAUUGUGUCGGAAAGAAAUUUACUUUCCUUUAAAAAUCUGAGGGAACUUUCAUUGAGUUCACCUGGCUUGAACUUUGAUUUUGAUUCUGAAUGGGUCCCUCCCUUUCAACUUAAACAUAUUAGAUUGGGCUACAUGAGAAACAAAUUUCCUGCAUGGGUAUUCAAACACAGUUCUCUGAAAUAUCUUGCAAUUGGAGAUUCAAAGACUUCAUUCGAACCUCUUGACAAGUUUUGGAAGUUUGCUACUCAACUUGAAUUUAUCUCCUUAGAAAGAAACACGAUCAAUGGGGACAUGUCAAAUGUUGUGCUAAACUCGAAAGUCGUUUGGUUAGUGGGGAAUAAUUUUGGAGGUGGCGUGCCUCGUAUAACACCAGAAGUGGUUGUUUUACACUUACGUAAUAACUCUUUGUCAGGAUCCAUUUCUACCAUGCUGUGCCAAAAUAUGACAAAUAAAAGCAAUUUAGUUCACUUGAAUAUGGCUUAUAAUAAUUUAUCUGGAGAACUAACGGAUUGUUGGAAUAAUUGGAAGUCCUUGGUUCUUAUCAAUUUAGGACACAACAACCUUAAAGGUAAGAUUCCUAACUCAAUGGGCUCUUUGCCAAACCUUCGUUGUUUGUCUCUGGGGAACAAUAUGUUAUCUGGGGAGCUUCCUCUUUCUCUAAAAAGGUGCCAUAAUCUUUGUAUAUUUGAUGUUGGUCACAAUAAUCUUUCUGGGGUUCUACCAAGCUGGUUUGGACAAAAUCUUAAAGGUCUUAAAUUGGGAUCAAAUCAAUUCAGUGGCACUAUUCCCAGACAGAUAUGUCAACUCCAUUCCUUAAUGGUGAUGGAUUUUUCAAGUAACAGAUUAUCAGGAUCUAUACCUGAUUGUUUGCAUAAUAUAACAACCAUGGUUGCUAAUUAUGCUUCAACUCGUAGAGUAGGCUUCAUCCUUAAUUUUCCUGGUUUUUCAAUAACCGUUGUGACUAGCAUCCAGAUCCGUAUAAAAGGAAACGAGUUAUCAUAUGUUGACCUGAUGAAUGUGAUUGAUCUCUCAAACAACAACUUGUAUGGAAAUGUGCCUUCAGAUGUGUAUAUGCUCACCGGACUACAGUCCUUAAAUUUGUCCCAUAAUCACUUAAUGGGAACAAUAUCAGAAGAGAUUGACAACUUGAAACCAUUAGAAUCGAUUGAUCUCUCAAGAAAUAAUUUCUCUGGACAAAUUCCAAGUUCCAUGUCUAACUUACAUUAUCUCGAGGUCUUGAAUUUGUCAUUCAACAAUUUUAUAGGCAAAAUUCCAUCAGGGACCCAACUUGGUUUUACAGAACUCAGCUAUAUCGGCAAUCCUGGCCUCUGUGGACCUCCACUUACAGAUAUUUGUCCGCAAGAUGAAGAACUUCAUCGUACAAACCCCACGGAAGAGGAAGAAGAAGAUGAUGAUAAAUUUGAAAUAUAUUCGUGGUUUUACAUGGGUCUGGGAAUUGGGUUUGCUGUGGGAUUCUGGGGAGUUCUGGUGAGUGCCAUUUUUUUCAACAGAAGAUGCAACCGUGCCUACAUCCAUUGA